CGGCUCCGUGCGGCCGAAGGUACUGCCACCUGCGACAAGGACCCGUAGGGACAGGGCCACGGACUUCCACCGGCUUCUUUGCGACACCGUGUGUGGUUUCGGUCGCAGGGGAUGGCUGUGAGGACCGAACGGGACCCAUGUGCUGAGCGCACUGCAGGCGCCAGGGUAUGACCAGCAUUGGAAAAGAUGCCAGCCCCAGCUACUUCAUACGAGCGAGUAGUUUACAAAAAUCCCUCUGAGCACCACUACAUGAAAGUCUGCCUAGAAUUUCAAGAUCAUGGAGUUGGACUGAACGCUCCACAGUUCAAACAGCUGCUUCUCUCAGCCCUGAAGGACCUGUUUGGGGAGGUCGGUGCUGCCUUACCCCUGGACGUCCUAACCUAUGAAGAGGAGACCUUGUCAGCCGUCUUGAGAAUACGUAGCAGUGGUCUUGUCAAAUUGUGGAGUUCUUUGACCCUGUUGGGAUCCUAUAGAGGCAAGAAAUGUGCCUUCAGAGUGAUUCAGGUUUCUCCAUUUCUCCUUGCACUGUCUGGUAAUAGUAGGGAACUAGCGUUGGAUUGAGUAGUCUUCUAUUUCAGAAGGAUUUCUACUCUCAGCAGUAUUUCUGGUACCCGUGUAAUGUUUGAAAACCAAAGCAAACUCGAAG